AUGUCAGCGUACGCGGGCUACUCCAAAACCAGUUACGGUGCCCAAGGCGGCGACGACUCGGGCGGCUUCCUCGCCGGUGGUUCCCAACAAGGCAGUCAAGGCGGCGGCAAAUCAUAUCAAGAUGAAUCCCUCCGCCCGGUAACAGCCAAGCAAAUCCUCGAAGCCGACGAAGCCUUCCCGGGCGCCGACUUCAAAAUCGACAACACCGUCAUAACGCAAAUCACCUUUGUUGGACAAGUCCGCAGUGUAAACCCGCAACCUACCAACUUGACGCUCAAAAUCCACGAUGGCACAAGCCAGGUUGAAGUGAAGAAGUGGAUCGACGCAGACAGGACAGACGACGCCAGUGCAGACCAGUACGAGCUCGAUUCCUACGUGCGCGUAUGGGGGCGUCUCAAGUCGUUUUCGAAUAAGCGCCACGUGGUCGCCCACGUCAUUCGUCCCGUGACAGACUUCAACGAGGUCAACUACCACUUGUUGGAGGCGACGUAUGUUCACCUGUACCUGACGAGGGGCCCGCUGGGACAGGACGGCGCGGCAAACGGCGGCGGGGACAGCAUGUUUGUCGACGGUGGCGGAUAUGGGGGGAAUGCCCACGGCGGUAACGCUGCGCAGGUCACCAAGUUGACGGGCUGUUCGCUGCCGGCCAAGCGGAUUUUCAAUUUCAUCAAUGACACGCCAGGCAUGAACGAGGGUGUUCAUCUGAACGUGAUUAGUAGCUCGACGGGCAUGCCGGUCAAGGAAGUUCUGUCAGGCGCGGAAGAGUUGGUGGCACAGGGCUUGAUUUACACGACUGUUGAUGACGAGACGUGGUCUAUUCUGGAGUGCUGA